AUGGGCGAAGGGUCCGUCGCAGACACCGUGCCCCCGGCACCCCCAAGCACGGCCAACAAGUUCCAGAACGCCAUCUCACAAUGGAGGACCGUUGACUUCACGAACCUCAUCUCGAACCUGGACAACACUGCCUCCGAGAUCGUUGCCUUCCAGCGCGACUCGACCGUGCAGAGGAAGGACCUGGCGCAGAAGACAAAAGACUUUAGGAAGCUUGACGAUGCUAGCAAGCUUGCCGAGAUCAAGGGCCUGCUUAAGGCCUACCAAACCUUUAUCGAUCUCCUGACAAACCACUCCAAGUCCGUCAACUCAGCCUUCCUUCAUGCCUACACAGCCCUGUCCGAAGCCCCCGACCCCUACCCCCUGCUCGAGGCGUCGGUCGACUCGAUGCUCGUCUCCGAAGACACUCUGCCGAAGCUGACCGAGGAGAACCAGCAUUUGCAGAAGACGGUUUCCCGGCUGACAAGCCAGCUGGAGGAAACGGAAUCCAGGCUGCAGGCAGAACGUGACACGCGCAAGAAGCUUGAGGAGACCCUGGAGAGCAAGGUCAGGGAGGUCGAGUCAUCAUGGACUGCUGUGCUGGAGGAAAAGAAGGACAACUGGGAGGCCAAGGAGAGAGCGCUGGAGGAGAAGAUUGAGAACCAGGAGCGCCUGCUUAACGAGAUCAAGGCUAGCUACGAGGUCAACCAGCGGCUGGGCAAGGCAGACGAUGCCGAGAACCAACAGGGGCAUGUUACCAGUGCCGAGCUAGAGAUGGUCAACGCCGACCUCGAGCGGACCACGGCACGGCUUGCUGAGGUUGAAGCUCGGAACGAGCAGCUCCGUUUGGAGCUAGCCCAGGCCAAGUCUCAAGCCUCUUCUCAGACUGUUACGUCCCUAGAGGAUGACCCGGCCUACAUGCGGAUGCAGUCUGAGAACUCUUCACUCAUCCGGAAGCUGGAGGCGGUACGGGUAGAGAAGGAGGGCUUGAAGCGGGAUCUGGAUACCAAGCUCCGUGGUUUAGAGAGAGAGGUUGUACUGCUCAAGGAGGAGAGGGAUGCGCUGAAGGCCAAGGUGCAGAAGUGGAGUGACUACGAUGAAGUUAAGCAAGAGCUUGAGGUACUGAAGAGUAUCGAGUUCUCCACCGGCGACGAUGACGACGCUGUUGCCGAUGAGAACAGCUCGAAGCUCUCAAGCAAAGGCGACAACCUCGAGCAACUCCUGCUUGCUCGCAACAAGAAACUAAGCGACGAGCUCACCAUCCUGCGCGUCUCCCACCAAGAUCUGCAGGGUAAGCUUCAAAAGCUACAAGACGAGCUCUCCCGCACCAACGCCGAGCUCGAGAAAUCCCAAAGCCUCAACGAAAAGCUGGAAAACGAGCUUUCCACUAUCCAAGCCGAAGCAACCAACGCCUUCCCCUCGGGCGCCUCCGUCGCCGGCACUGCCUACCGUUACGCUCCCUCUGUAGCCCCCAGCCGCCGUCCCGGCGGGCGCACCUCCCCGACCUCUUCCAUCAUCAGCGGCUUCAACCCGCGCGACCCGUCCGACGACCGAGCUUCCACACCCGGUUCUGGCAUCCUUCCCAUGAUCACGGCCCAACGUGACCGCUUCAAAAAGCGCAACGCCGAGCUCGAGACGGAACUCAAAGAAGCUCACCGCACCAUCUCCCAGCUGCGGCAGGAAGUCGCAGCCCUCCAGCGGGAUAACCUCAAUCUCUACGAGAAAACGCGCUACAUUGCCUCUUACAACCGCGCAACCACCUCCAGCGCGAUGACUUCUUCUUCCUCGGCCUUCGCCGUCGGCUCUUCAUCAGCGGCAACAAACCCUAACCCCUCCACAAUCCCCAUCUCCCCCAGCACUUCACCAUCUCCUCCCACGCUAGACCGCUACCGUAAGGCAUACGAAUCAAACCUCUCCCAUCUGUCCCCCUUCGCGGCGUUCCGUGGUCGGGAGUCGGCCCGAGCCUAUCAGAGGAUGAGCCUCCCUGAGAGAGUGGUGUAUUCCCUGUCUAGAGCGGUACUGAGCACGAGGACGAGACGGAACUUGUUUGCGUGCUAUGUGGUGUUGUUGCAUUUGCUGGUGUUUUAUACACUGUUUUGGAUGGGAGGCUGCGAGGUGGAUCGGUUUGUUGAGGUUGGAGGGGCAGUGGUAGGGACGGCUGCGGGAGCAGGAGGUGAUGCUGGGGUUGUGGGGGAGGGGAGGGAUUGGAGGGAGGGGCAGGUUGAGAGUUGA